AUGGCAGAAAUAGAGAAUCCUCGCAAGCCCCAUGCCAUCAUGAUCUCGUUCCAUCUACAAGGCCACAUAAUCCCAUUUGUCAAUCUAGCCAUUAAACUCGCUUCAAAGGGCAUCACAGUCACUUUUGUUCACCUCGAAUUCAUUCAUCACCAGAUUAUCAAAUCUCAAGGCAACUCCAAACAAGUUGACAUCUUCAGUGAAGCAAGAAAUUCUGGCCUUGACAUCCAUUACACAACAAUCAGCGAUGGUUUCCCGGUCGAAUUUGACCGGUCUGGGAACUUAGACCAGUAUGCAAAAUCCUUUUUGCAUGAUUUCCCAACUCUAGUAGAUGAAUUUGUCGGAAAAAUACUCCAUUCUCAUUCAUCAUCUUCUUAUAACUACUUCUUGGUUGCUGAUACUUUAUGUGUUUGGACUACAAAAAUUGCUAGAAAGUAUCAAAUGGUGAAUGUUUCAUUCUGGACUGAACCAGCACUUGUAUUUUCUCUGUAUUAUCAUUUAGAUCUUCUGAGGAGAAACGGCCAUGUCCCAGCAAAUGGUUUACAGGAAAACAUAAACUAUAUUCCUGGAAUUCAAUUCAUUAAUACAAAAGAUUUCAUGUCUUAUCUUCAAGGUCCCGAGUCAACCAUUAUACACACAAUAAUGUUCAUUGCAUCUGAGGAGGUGAAAAGUGCAGAUUUCAUUUUAUGUAACACAGUGCAAGAACUUGAAGCAGAAGCAGUAUCAGCACUGAAUGAAAACCAGCCAUUUUACGCAGUGGGGCCGAUUUUUCCCACAGAUUUCUCCAUGAACGCUGUCCCCAGGAGUCUUUUAUCAGAAUCAGACUGCACAGAAUGGCUCAAAACCAAGUCUCCUGGAUCAGUUUUGUAUGUCUCGUUUGGCAGUCUUGCCAAGAUUGAUGAACAUGUAAUUCUUGAAAUUGCAGAAGGGCUUUUGCUUAGUGAAGUGAAUUUUCUUUGGGUGCUUAGGCCAGGUAUUGUAAGUUAUGAUGAUGAUGAAAUUUUAACAGUUGGAUUUAAGAACAGGAUUAAAGAUCAAGGAUUGAUUGUACCUUGGUGUGAUCAGAAUCUCGUUCUGUCAAAUCCAGCCAUUGGAGGGUUCUUAACACAUUGUGGUUGGAAUUCUAUACUCGAAAGUAUAUGGUGUGGAGUUCCAAUGAUUUGUUAUCCACUGUUUACCGAUCAGAUUACAAAUAGAAAAUUAGUGGUUGAUGAUUGGAAGAUUGGAAUUAAUCUUUGCGAUGGGUUAUCCAUUUCAAGAGAAGAAGUUGGAGAGAAGAUCAAGAUUUUGAUGUGUGGUGGCAAAUCAAACGGCUUAAAAGAAGAGAUGGAGAGAGUAAGGGAAAUCAUGCAAACUGCACUGGUUGGAUCCUCAGACAGAAAUUUCGAUCAAUUUCUUAGGGAUUUGACGGCUAAAUUCUCGAAAAAAUGA